AGCGGGGCGGCGUGCCGCGAGUUGGGAGUUCUCGGCGCGCCGCGGGCGGCGGGAGCUCGGGCUCCCGGGCGAGCCGGGGACGCGGCGGAGGCGCGGGCCUGGGUCCGAGACAGCGGGGGCCGCACCGAGAGUGGGAGGGAGAGAGAGACAGAGAAGGACAGACGGAGACCGGGAGGAGGACAGAGACGCGCAGAGGAGAGAGCCAGGGCAGAGGCGGAGGGAGGCAGGGGAGACACUGGGAGGGCGGCAGGCAGAAGACAAGAGACCCCGCAGGGAGAGACGGAGAGACCCGCACGGGGACAGAGGAGACAGGCAGAGGGACAGGGGGACGGAGACCCGGGGGUGGAGGGCAGCCGGGGUGGGAGGCAGCGGAUCGCGGUCCGGCCGGCCGCGGGGUUCUCGGGGCCGGGGCCGGAGGCGAGCGCCGCGGGGCAGGGAGCGGAGCGCAGGGCGCGGGGACAGCGCGGAGUGACAGCGCGAGAAAAGCGGGGGGCGGCGGAGGGCGGGCGGCUGCGGCGGGGGCGGGGGGCGCGAGCGCGGGCGGUCGAGAGCCAUGGGCCCCCGGACCCCAGCGCUCUGAGCCGGGGCCCGGCCCGACGAUGCUGACGCCCAGGCGGCGCCGGGGGCGCGGCGCGGGGCAGCGCUGAAAGUUGGGCAGCCCGCGGGGAGCGGCGCGGGACGGCCCCGAGGCGCGGAGACCCGGAGACCGACGGACAGACCCAUCGGCAGCCGGGGAGGGUGGGCGGCGCCGGCCCGCCGAGUUCGCGGGGAGGGGGUCCCGGGAGUCCCCUCUCCCCGCCCGGGACGCCGCCCGCCCGACCGCGCCGUGGGAUGUAGAGCCCGCUCGCCGCCUCCUGGACCUUCGUCGGACCCUCCGCCCCGCGGCCCUGCGUCUUCCCAGGUGAUCACGCCGGCUUCAGGACAUGCACGGGCACAGCCGCAACGGGCAGGCCCACGUGCCCCGGCGGAAACGCCGCAACCGCUUCGUCAAGAAGAACGGCCAAUGCAACGUCUACUUCGCCAACCUGAGCAACAAGUCGCAGCGCUACAUGGCGGACAUCUUCACCACCUGCGUGGACACGCGCUGGCGCUACAUGCUCAUGAUCUUCUCCGCGGCCUUCCUCGUCUCCUGGCUCUUCUUCGGCCUCCUCUUCUGGUGUAUCGCCUUCUUCCACGGCGACCUGGAGGCCGGCCCGGCGGCGGCGGCGGCUGCGGCGGCGGCCACGGCGACGGCGGCGGCGGGAGGGGGUGCCCCGGCGGCCCCAACGGCCCCCAAGCCCUGCAUCAUGCACGUGAACGGCUUCCUGGGUGCCUUCCUGUUCUCGGUGGAGACGCAGACGACCAUCGGCUACGGGUUCCGCUGCGUGACGGAGGAGUGCCCGCUGGCGGUCAUCGCCGUGGUGGUGCAGUCCAUCGUGGGCUGCGUCAUCGACUCCUUCAUGAUUGGCACCAUCAUGGCCAAGAUGGCUCGGCCCAAGAAGAGGGCGCAGACGCUGCUGUUCAGCCACCACGCGGUCAUCUCGGUGCGCGACGGCAAGCUCUGCCUCAUGUGGCGCGUGGGCAACCUGCGUAAGAGCCACAUCGUGGAGGCGCACGUGCGGGCCCAGCUCAUCAAGCCCUACAUGACCCAGGAGGGCGAGUACCUGCCGCUGGACCAGCGGGACCUCAACGUGGGCUACGACAUCGGCCUGGACCGCAUCUUCCUGGUGUCGCCCAUCAUCAUCGUGCACGAGAUCGACGAGGACAGCCCGCUCUACGGCAUGGGCAAGGAGGAGCUGGAGUCGGAGGACUUUGAGAUCGUGGUCAUCCUCGAGGGCAUGGUGGAGGCCACCGCCAUGACCACCCAGGCCCGCAGCUCCUACCUGGCCAGCGAGAUCCUGUGGGGCCACCGCUUCGAGCCCGUGGUCUUUGAGGAGAAGAGCCACUACAAGGUGGACUACUCGCGCUUCCACAAGACCUACGAGGUGGCCGGCACGCCCUGCUGCUCGGCCCGGGAGCUGCAGGAGAGCAAGAUCACCGUGCUGCCCGCCCCGCCGCCCCCGCCCAGUGCCUUCUGCUACGAGAACGAGCUGGCCCUCAUGAGCCAGGAGGAAGAGGAGAUGGAGGAGGAGGCGGCGGCCGCUGCUGCCGUGGCCGCGGGCCUGGGCCUGGAGGCGGGCUCCAAGGAGGAGGCGGGCAUCAUCCGAAUGCUGGAGUUCGGCAGCCACCUGGAUCUGGAGCGCAUCCAAGCCACCCUCCCACUGGACAACAUCUCCUACCGCAGGGAGUCCGCCAUCUGACCUCCGGGCCCCGCCCUCAUCACUUCCCACAAGAGCCUCUGCCGGGGGUGGGAUGCCAGGACACCCCCUCCACACUCAGGACAGAGCCCUGGCUCCACGGGCCUGCGGCAGGGAGCUGGGGGCUUCAGAGACUGGGGAACCCCUUCUCAGUGACUCCAGAGCCCAGGCCUGGGAAGGGCCCAGGAUACCCCCUGACCUGUCAGCCUACCCACUGGCCUCUCGGGGACCCCAGACCCACCACCUUUUUCCCACUGACACUUCAAGGAUGUGCCCCCUUUACUCUCAGAACCUUGGGGAAGGGGCUGGACUGCUGGGGGGGUGGGCAUCGUGGGGUUCUGGGGUGGGCAGGGGU